CAGAACGCCGCUUACAAUUGACGUCUAAUUUGACUGCCGACAGGCCCGACAAUCACUCUCGUUCUAAGAGGGGUUUGAUGAUAAUGUUAUCAUGUGAGUGAUCCAUUUGAAGAAUUGAGUUGCAGACGAAAAUCACAGAGAGGAGAGAGAUUUCUUGUAGGAUUUUUGCUAUUAAGGAGAGGAGUUGGGGGAAUCGCAACAGUAAAGGGAAGAGAAGAGGUGAGAUGAAAUGGAAGGCCCUCCGGAGAACGAUUGCUGUUCCAUUUGUCACGACAGCUUCAACAUUCCUUGCCAAGCCAAUUGCUCUCACUGGUUCUGUGGGAAUUGUAUUCUGCGCGUUUGGCAUCACGGAUCAGCACUUAGUCCUUGUAAAUGCCCCAUAUGUCGUGAUAUCGUUACUUUGUUGAUACCUCGUGAGGCGUCAUCACAGCACCAUCAUGACCCAGAAGUUAGGAAGGUUUUAAAAAAUAUUCAAAGGUACAACCUUUCAUUUGGUGGAGGCACACCUGGUCUUAUUCAGAGGUUACAAGACCUGCCAUUUUUCCUCUGGAGGUUGUUACGAGAAUUGGCGGAUCCCCAAAUAUCUCUUCCUCUUUUUGCCAGAUUGCGCAUGAUUUUGCCAAUGCUAAUGACCGCCAUCUACAUGCUGAGCCCCAUUAAUAUUAUCCCAAAAGGGAUCGCGGGAUUUAUAGGUAAAUUGGAUGAUAUUGCUAUAGCUCUCAUCCUUUUCCUACAUGUUGCCGCUAUGUAUCGCUCAGCACGUCUUUCCCGACGUGGAGGUAGUUGAUCUGAUGUCCAUUAUCAUACAGUGUUGGAACCAAAAGUCAUAUGAAGAAAAGUUUCGCUUUCAGGUGGAUGUUAAGAAAGUAAUAGGCAUCAGAUCUUUUCAUCCCACGGAAUUCAUUGGACUCACUUAUUUUGAUAUAUUUUUUGGAUGAAUACUAGAUUGUUAAUGUAUAAUAUUAUAUGGGGUUGAAUGGUUCAAACCCACUUGUCUUGUAUUAUCUUCCAAGCAAAUAGACUACAGCUGAGAAUGGUUUUGUUCUUUCUAUAAAUAUUUUUGAAUGGACAAGAUGCAGAGUCUGUAUUAUAACAAGGAUGUCCCAAAGUUUUGCA